AGGAAACUGGACACCCACACCUGGAAGAAAAAUGAUUCGUUCACCUAAUGCUUGCCCUUGUCCCAUAAAAGAAGUGGGGCCGUCUAUGAUUGGGGCGUGUCCAAGUCAAUUCAUGCUAUUUAUGACUCUUCUAGAAGCAUACAUUAAUGGAAGAUGCGACUUAGCUGAUCCCUGCAAUAGAAUAUCAAAUGCAGAAAAAUUGGAAAAUAGCUACGAUUUCGUGGUCGCUGGAGGCGGUACAGCUGGAUCGGUAGUUGCAGCUAGACUAUCAGAGAACCCACAAUGGAAGGUAUUAUUAUUAGAAGCUGGUGGAGAUGAACCCACGCAGUCAUCAGUGCCAGCAUGGGUUACAGCUUACUGGAAUCGAGAUGACACGGACUGGAUGUAUCAUACUGAACCGCAAGAGAAAGCGUGUCUUCAUGAUGGUGGAAAAUGUUCCUGGCCUAGAGCCAAAAUGCUAGGUGGUUGUUCCGUUAUUAACGGUAUGAUGUACAUGAGGGGUCACGCUGCCGACUACGAUGGAUGGGCGAUCAACGGCGCCAAGGGCUGGUCUUGGUUUGACGUCAUGCCGUACUUCUUGAAGAGCGAAGACAAUAAGCAGAUUGGUAAUGGUAUCUCAGGCCAAUACCAUUCGACAGGAGGACCAAUACCUGUUCAGAAGUUUCCGUACGCGCCACAGUUCGCCCACGACGUGGUAUCAGCGGCUAUAGAACUGGGCUACCCACCAACCACGGACUUGAAUGGGGACACCAUCACUGGUUUCACUAUUGCCCAAACUCAAAACGAUAAUGGGUCUCGGUACAGCACAGCAAGAGCUUACAUCCGUCCAGCGGCUCACCGCCAGAAUUUACAUGUCCUUCUAAAUGCGCACGUCACCCGAAUAAUUAUUAAUCCUGCCUCCAAGAAAGUAACUGGUGUAGAAUACGUAAAAGAUGGUGAAACUAAAACCGUUGGAAUUAAAAAGGAGGCUAUUGUUUCUGCUGGUACCAUCAAUACUCCCCAAAUUCUAAUGCUGUCUGGUAUCGGACCAAAGGAUACCCUUGACAAAUUCAACAUACCAGUGGUGAAUAAUCUACCAGGUGUCGGUCAGAACCUGCAGAAUCACGUCGGCGUACAUUUAAGCUUUACGUUGACGAAGGAGCCGGAAGUGCCGGAACUCAAUUGGGCAACGGCGAUGGACUAUAUGCUACAAAGAGAAGGUCCUCUCUCUGCCACUGGUCUAUCGCAGUUGACUGGAAUUGUGAAUUCCCGUUAUGCGCCAGCGGGAGGUAGACAGCCCGAUGUUCAGUUUUUCUUUGGAGGAUAUUACGCAUCCUGCAGUACAGGGGACGUGACUCCACUCGAUGCUGAAAACGAGGAUAAGAGAGAAGUAGAGAUAUCAGCUAUAUCACUGCAACCUCGUAGUCGUGGUUACGUGAGUAUCCAGUCGGUGGAUCCAUUGCAGCCGCCAGUGAUGCAGCCAAACUACUUCCUUGACGAACACGAACUUAAUGUCAUCGUGGACGCCGCUAAAAUAGCUUACAAGCUCGCUAAUACAACAAUAAUGCGCGAAAAAUACGGCAUGAUACCCACGCCAGGGUACGGCGAGGAAUGCGGCAACAACACUGAAAAUCCACCGGACGAGUUCUUCAAAUGUCUCGCCAUGUUCUACACAGCUCCAGAGAAUCACCAAGUGGGAACUUGUAAGAUGGGACCCGACUCAGAUCCCAUGGCUGUGGUAGAUACACAGCUAAGAGUGCAUGGAAUUCAAGGUCUUAGAGUAGCUGACGCUUCAAUAAUGCCCAACAUUAUUACCAGUAAUACGGCAGCUCCCACGGUGAUGAUAGCUGAGCGAGCGGCGGAAUUUAUCACGACCAGAUACCAACAAUCCAAACGACGGCCCGAUGAACUCGGCAAUAGGUUCGGGGACGAUAAUGCUGGUCAAGCGAGCAAUGAAGGAGACAAUUGGAAUUACUUCGACUAUGGUAGCAACGAGGCAAAAUUGACCGACGGUCAAAGAUGGAAACCAUGGCACAAGGACUGGAUGCUCUGGCACAAAAGCCCUGACCACAAUAUCAACUGGCACACGAAACAAAAUGUCCCAUUAGAACGUCAAUAUUCUUAGAAAUAGUUUAAGACUGACAAUUUUUGUAUCGAUAGCGUAAGUUGUUAUAAUGUUAAUAGUUACAUAUGCUAGAAUAAAGACGGAUGAAUAACGU